AAAACCCCUUCUGAACUGCAUGUCAUCACUUAGCGGGUACUAAAGCAACACAGGGAACACAAGUAAAAUGCAACACCAGCAGGAAGCGAGGCACUCAGUGCAUCGGAUCAGUGCAGAGAAUGACAGAGCUACACAUCAACAAUUAGAAAAUCUGGCAGAAACCUUCAGCUUCAAGUUGACAGAAUGCUGAUGAACCACACAAACCAAACAGACGAGAGCCUCUUCUCCUGCUACAGUCCUUCAGUUUUAGGCUAUCGCUACUUUGCUGUGCUGUGGGGAUGUGUCGUGACCAUCACUGGUACAGUGGGGAACCUGAUGACCAUUCUAGCCUUUGCCUUAGACCCACGUCUCAGGACUCGCUUCAAUGUGCUCAUCAUAAACUUGGCUGUAGCUGAUCUCCUGUACUGCACCAUACUGCAGCCAAUCUCAGUUGACUCCUAUCUACACCUCAGAUGGCGCAGUGGUCAGCUCUGGUGCAGAAUCUUCGGCCUACUCCUCUUCCUCUCCAACUCUGUCUCCAUUAUCACCCUGUGCCUGGUAGCAGUGAGCAGGUAUCUCCUGGUCGCAAAAAGGGCUGUGUUUGACCGUGUCUUCUCUGGCCGUGGUCUUAUUUUACUCCUGAUAUCAACAUGGGCACUAGGCCUGGCCAGCUUUAGCCCACUUUGGCCUGUUUAUGUGUUUGUGCCACAGGUGUGCACAUGCAGCUUCCACCGUACUAGGGGUCGCCCCUACACCACCAUCCUGCUCUUCUUCUACUUUUUUGUCGGUCUGGGAUGUGUUGGUGUAUUCUAUCUGCUCAUAUACAGACGUGUCCAGAUUGCAUCGCAAGCCCUACUCCGCUACAGGCUCAGUCGCCGGUCCUCCAGGAAGAAACCAGCUUCUUCAGUACAAGGAACUGAUGACAGUGGUGUAGAAAGUGGUAUGGCCAACACAUGUGGCUGGGAGAUGAGCAGCCAGGAUGAGAUCACAAGUGAACAGAACUUUGCCAAGGCCUCAAAUUCAUCAGCAGCCAACAAACCUGACCCUGACAUCAUCCAUAGAUCGCCUUUAUCCACACCUGCUCCCACUGCUGCAACAUCCUCCUCCCAUUCAGCAAAUUCGGGAGAUGAUGGUGAAUUUAAGCGUGUGACACGUAUGUGUUUCACUGUUUUUCUGUGUUUCGUAUUCUGCUUUGUCCCAUUCCUGUUGCUCAACAUAGCAGACAAACAUAACAGGGCCCCACAGGCACUGCACAUGUUCUGUGCAAAUCUCACCUGGCUCAACAGCUGUAUUAACCCCAUGCUCUACGCUGUCAUGAACCGACAGUUCAGACAGGCCUAUCAUGUGUUGCUCACCAAGGCUGCUGCGCCAUUCACCUGCCUCUGGACCAGGUGGCGAGCACUCAGAUCCUGAACUUUAAACUUGCAUGAGGUUCCUCCUCCUCCUCCCUUAAGAAACUCUGUAUGAUAUGAUGUCCAAAAGCACUUUUAACUUUAAAGCUGUUUCUAACUAUAAAACCAAUCCUAUGUUUUAAAGGUAUUCUGAACUCAACUAGUGGGCAAGUGGAAAUAAAAAUGUUGAUAAUUUCCAGCCAACAGAUUGCCAAAGUCAUUUGUAUUCGUUCUAAAUACUGUACUAAAUUUUAAUGAGAACUGAUCCAAACUCUAUUGCAAUAUUUCACGAUGGACCAAAAUGUUGGACUGACGGGUUGCGUUAGUUUAAAAAAGCACAACUAAAAUGUUGCUGUUUCGCUGUACGUCUUAUGAAAAAAAGUGUAUGUGAAAUUGGUGAUAUGUAUACAAAAAGUAAAUUAGUUGAUGCUGCUAUAACCAAACUUUGACAUUCAGGUAAAACUAUUAAAACACUUAAGGAUAAAAAUACAUGUUACUUACCACGGUAUCAAUCAAAGUUUGACGUCUUGCUGGUAACAACUAGCUCAACAGACACAUUAGCAAUAAAUUUCUUACUUGCUUCACGUAUUACAGCCAAAUAGGACAGAGCAACAUUUGCAGUUGUGUUUCUGGCCAGCGACAAUAAACAUUCACUGACUUUUUAGCUCUUGUUAUAUCUCCUUGAACUCCUGAAUAAACAUGUUGUUCUUCAGCUUGCUAGUUAUGUGCGGUUCAUCGUCAGCUAGCUUCUCUCUGACAGAUAGCUACAUAUCUAACUUGAUGCUAACAUUAUUUCACCAUAAAUACGAUACUGGCUGAGCAUACAGUCAUAUCCCUUUUAUUGGUGAUAAUAUUUCACUUUGAUUUAAACAAGCAGGUUAAUAUAAAAAUAAAAAAAAAACACGUUUCAUUAAUUAAUCACAAGGUCUGAGUGGCAGCAUUAUAAUAACAAGAAAGAGAUUGGCAGACACUGAAACAAUAAGUUAUGUGCAGUCUCAAGAAAACAUUAAUACCUCGUAUAAAACGUCUUCUUACAGCUUAAAUAGUUUAACAGGGUCCCAUUUUUUUCAUACAGAAGAGUUAAUGAUGCAUGAUAAUUAUGGGGUCUAGUAGAGGUGCCCAGGAUUCCAAUGGAGUGGAUAUGCGUCCAAUGGUGAUAACACAACAUGAGAAAAAUUAAUUCUUAGGUUUAUAUCUCAUUCGUUUAAAAGUGCACACAAGCAUUCAAAUGCUGAUUGUUAAAAGCUAUUCUUAAUUCUUAAGUGCUGACUGUCAGGAUUAGCAGAGGGACUGCCAAUUACUUCAAAUAAAAACAGCAUUGAAAGCAAACUAUUAUUUUAACAUUAAGUUUGCUAUGUAGACUAGUUUUGUGACAUGGAUGUAAUGUAAGUAGCAGAAGAGAAAAGAUCAUGACAAAUGACGCAGUGGUUUGAUUAAAGACACCCAGCAGUGGAUUACUGGAAAAUGCUUCCGCAGGAUUGUGGGGGCAGACAAUUAAAACUGUGAAGACUGAAAUCAGACAGCGUCGGCUCAUCUUGCAAACAGUCAGUAAAGAGGUUGGGGUUGUUCAGGUACAUCUGUAAAUCCUCCUCUGGGGCAUCAACAGAGCUAGACAGCAUGGGAUCAGGGUAGAUUUCCAGAGGUGAGUUCAGAGGAUGAAGAUCUCCAUUUUGUUCUGAGAGCACAGAAAGGCAGAAGAGAAAAAUACUGUUACUGCUGUGUGUUAUUUAUUUCUAGUACUGCUUUUGUAGAGGAAAUGAGAGCGUCAAAAAUGUGACAUGCGAUGCAUUACAUCCCACAACAGAAAGAAAGGACAAACAGACCAGAAUGAUUUGAUUUUGUGCAAGACAUUCAAGAAUUGCAGAGUUUGGUGCUUUUUCCUUCAGCUCAUCAAAUUUUUGAGUUUUCAAACACUGUUUAAUUGUGACAGCAGCUAAAUACACUCAUUUUACAUCUGUAGUUUCUUUUCAGUUUGUUUAACUUGUUUAACUGCUCAAUUAAAGGUAUGUUUCCUGUAUUGUGAGUUUAACUACAGAACUCAUACAUUUGUAAUUCUUAUUUUUAUAAUUUCUAAUUUUGAGAAAUACAUCUAUACUUAAGCCCUUUAGAUAUUAGAUAUGAAGCCACUGGUAACAUCCAUCAAGAGCUUUUCUAGUCUUGUUGACCACUUAAAGCGCUUUACAACAAGAGUCACCCAUUCACACGCUGGUGGCAGAGCCUACCAUGUUUCACCUGCUCAUCAGGAGCAAUACCCAUUCACACGCAAACUUAAACGCUGAUGUAAGAGCAAUUUUGGGUUAAGUAUCUUAUCAAGGACACUUCGACAUGUAAGCCAGGGAUCAAACCACCAACCAUCCGCUUGAUGAACAACCUGCCCUACCUCCUGAGCCACAGCUGUCCCAAACAGCUAGUAUAGCUCUGGUAACAAAUCCGCAAACCAGUGCUUCUAAAGCUCAGAGAGAAACAUGUUACAGACUAUGUCUUGGCUCUGACCAAUUUCCACAUGACCAGAGAAGAUUUAAGGAAGUCAUUGGUCCUGGCCAAGAAAAAGCCCAGCACAUAAUCUCCAUGAAACAGCAAAUUGUUGUUUUGACACUGGUUUUUGAAUGGGUUUUGAAUCCAAAUAAAACUUGUUAACUAAUCUAUUGGUUUUAGUUUUUUUUUUGUUUUAGAGGUUGUUCACUUGGGGUUUUUUUACCAACUGAAAAAGUCUACUUCUCCAAAGCACCAAACUCUUGCUUUAACCAUAUACUUUAUCGAAAAUGAAAAAAUGGUUGCCAAAAACAUUUUUAUGAAUGUAUAUCCACACAAUGAAAAAUAGAUUUCCAGAAGGCAGAAUAAAAAAACUAUAAAAUUAAAUAAACAUGUUAGUAGCAGUGCUCAAACCAAUCACCUUGUUAGAUUUCAUGCUCAGUAGAAGCAGCCAACAAAACCACAAGACAAAAGUUAGAAGUUCAAGAUUUUCAAAACUGUCAUACAACAUCUAUCUGGACUUCCUACACCACAAGGCCAAAACAGAGAGGACAACACAGAGCUCUGUGACGAACAGAGAGCAAUUUGUUUGAUGAGGGUUUCAGCUGGAUGGCACAGCAAGGAGAGCCCUGACUCACCAGCUGCCUCUCCACACAGGCCAUUCACUGGCUCCAGGCCUUCACCCUGUGCCAUGUCAGAGUACAUGGGUGACCUAGCCUCCAGUGUGUUCCUACAUGACCAAUAACAAACAUUGUCAUUACAACCAGUUGCUCAUGACAUAAAAAAGGGUAUGGAUACACCACUUCUUACAUGAAGUAAAUGCAUUUUUAGUUGUUUUUGUUUGAAUAGCAUUUCCAGAUAAUAAAGGGUGAUAUAAAGGGAUGCUGUAGAUCAGCCUUGAGAAAAUGAUGAAUAUACUUACUCCUUUGAAACAAACAUCAGUUUCGUCUUGAUGUACUUUAUGUAAGGACUGCCCUCUGAAAGAAAAUGAGUUUAGAUGUGAUGUGAUGUGUCAUAUUCAAACCAGCGCUAUCAAUAUGGUGUAUUUUUCCCACAAAUACUGCAAAACACAGUUAAGAUCAAACAGGAAAUGAUAUCCGAGAUGUGUUUAUGGCACAUUUCUGUUGCAAAAAUAUUUAAAUGACAAGCAACAAGUAUCACUUGAUGUCAUUACCUCCACUCUUUUCAGAGUAGUACUUUCCAAAAGCCUCAUCUUUUGGGAUGUUGGGAUACAGGUAAAGCAGAGGAUUUUCUGGGAUAUUUCCAGCUUCCAAGAUCUGGAAAUUUCUGAUGAUUUCUUGGAAGGGGAUCUGACAGAGGUCAACUUUGGUGAAGGGCUGGACUGUCUUUAUAUCAGGCUCACCUAUAUAAGACAGAGAAUUUUUACUUACAGAAAAAACAAAUUUAAUUCAUCAGACAGGACAAUUGUGUGUUUCUAACUACCAUGCAACAAUUUCUAUUUAUUUUUUGGAAUCAUUACGAAAGAAAAUCUCACCAGUUAUGCUGGUUUCCACCCAGGAGAAGGUGAUUCCUCCAGUGACACUUUCACUGAAGCGUAACAAGAAUGUGCCUCUCUGUUUUUUCUUUAGGAGGGUCUUCUCUUUGCCUUUGCUUACAAAACCCAUGAUGUGGCUACAGUACAGAAAAAGAGUCUCAUAAAAAACUUCUCCCAUUAUCUAGGAAUUCAAGGCAUGAAUUGAACUGUUCUGUACUGAAGUGAGACUGCACUAUGUUUAGAAACCAUACCCAUCCCUCCACAGAUCUUCAAGGUAUGUUUUCACCAUCACCAAGAUUGCAUCAAACCACACCCAGAAAGUGUCAGGAAGAUUUUCCUAUAGCAAAAAACAUCAAUACACAGUAUUUUCAGAAACAAGCCAUGUUUGUGGCUCUGUGAGGCUGUAACGCUCAUUGUAAUAAAACCAUAUUGUAAAAUGGAGAAAAGAUGGUUUGUACGGUUUGUUUUGGAUAACAAUCAGUUUCAGUGAACUAAAUGUUCAGUGACUGACAGAUGAGAUGGUCACAUUGACUGUGGUAGAGGUACUAUAUGUAAGAAUAUGAAAUAAUUUACAUAUAUUAAUCGCUUUGUAUUGCUAGUACCUGAACAGACUGUAGCGUAAAGAGAACUGAAGGGAAGAGGAAGGUAACCCGAUUAGUUUGUCAGUCAACACUAAAAUGAUGGCUAAUUAUAAGAUGGUAAAUUAAGUAAAAAUAAAGUUGUGAAGUAAUACAUAUAGUAACCCCAAAGUCAAGAUAUUUUAAGUCGAGUUGUGAAAGUUAACCCCUAAAGAAAUACUGAAAAUUAUUUUCUAGGAUUGAGUAUUCUUACCUUGCUAAAUUUUGACCAAGCCACUUUGCAGUCAUCAUAGUUCUGCCUCUUUCCUGGUGGGACAGAAUAUAAACGAUGCAUUGUGCAACUAUCACCCUGAUAUCUAUCUCUAAAGCAAGAAACCUCUGUCUGCAAAUUCUGAACAUGAAUUCAUGAAUUCAGCCCAAGUGAUGGACAAAACAUCCUCAAAAAUAAACAAAGACAAGCAUAUGAAGUAGAAUGUGGAAGCGGGAUUUACCAAAGACUUUGUGAGCAAUCAUCUCCAGCUGAGCAUUAUUCAGACCCCGUUUAGUGGCAGCGAGAAACUGCCAGCUCAACAUCUCUCCAAACUGUGGCCAAGUGGCUGCAGGACAGGUGGCAAAGAACAUGACAUCCUGCAGAAACAGACACACAUGAACACAUACAUACAGAAUUCAUUUCAAAAGCCUUCUAAUAGCACAACUAAACUGCAAAAUGCAUUAUGAUGUGUGCUAGUCAGGGGGCUCUCGUACUUUGGUGUCCUGACUGAUCAAGUUGAACCAGAGGACAGAUGCCCAAGCACUCUGCUGCUGGCUGGAGUUGGAGAUGAUGACCACCGGGAGGGAGGAAGUCUAGGUUGUGUCCAAGAGAAAAACAACUUUUAUUAAGUUAUUUAGUUAUUUACAAAAUCAAAACAAAUGAAACACAGUAAUAUCGUUUUUAUACAGAGCACAUGUAAAUUGAUAACAUUUUUUAAUUUAAGCCAACGAUACACUAAGAAGAAAAGCAGGAGAAACUCUACCUGCAACUCAACUGACAAGCCUUUCAGCUCAAAUACAGUGUUGAAGUAGAUGAUGUGCAGCUCCUCUGUCACACUGAGAGAGAUCUGACAGCAUCAAAACACACACACAUGCAGAGAGAUCACUGUUUGGUUGCUUGCUUGGAUUAUGAAUUAUUGAGUUAAACUGUAAGAACACACGGUCUCUUCAGGGUUGCCAAAGUCAACUCACAUCACUGGCUCCUUUGCCACCACUGCCACACUUCUGCUCCUUCAGAGUCUACAGACAAACAAAAGCACAAAAAAAUUAGUCAAACCACCAAAUUACACUCUCAGAUGAGAGUGUGAUUAUUGUUCAUUUACAACAAGCAGUUGUAAGUUGCAAAAAUGUGACAGGAUUGAUCCUUUGAAUAAUCCAGUUGUCAAAAUUGUAUGGAAGGCUUUAUAUCUAACUGGUGUUAAGAUUUUCUUCAACUGUCACAAAACAUUUUAUCUUUUCUGAAAUCAUUAUCACUUACGAGGUGUCUGAAGUCUGCCACCAUGCUUCCGCUUUGGCUUUCUGCCAUGUUCAAAGCUUUGGUUGUGGUCCCCAGAACAUUAAAACGUCGAUAUCUAAUAGACACAUCAGGUUUAGAAAAAAAAAAAAAGAU